UUUAUUGUUAACGUAAACAAUGAAAAUGUGGCAAUAAAUCCGGAAGUCAUUGAAGUAGGUUAGCAGUUUGCAAUCGAUCGUGCAGUUUGACACGUUUAAACUUUCGUUCGUACUACUAGAUCUCCUACAGUCGUAGAUCAUUGUAGAUACCAAUAGAUAGGUGGACGUUGUUGAGUUGACUAGCUGGUGAGGAAGUUUGUCCACUACCAACUUGGUAGAGUUCCAUAUCCAUGAUGUCGAAUACAGAGGCAGAGAGCGAUGUCCGGAAAAGAUUCUCUGAUAUCCAUCAGAGACUCAAGAAGCUCGGAGUCACGGACAAACAGAUCGCCGUCCUGCCGUCUUGUCAGAAACUUCACAGAAUGAUUGAAACACAAUCAAAGUCCAAAGUUGUCACUGUUGUUUGCACCAUCGUCACAACUGUACUACUCACAGCUCUGCUUCUGUGUGUUUUUACAAUUCUCGGCACGGCUGGUCUACUCCCAGACUCGCCGAGGGUGAUACGCCUACACAGGGACUUGAGUUCAGUCUGGAUGGGAAGUAUCAUGAACCUAAACAUCGACACUGAAGCCUGUUUGGUGGAAGCUCCUGAGGCGGUCCUGGACCUCUUCCGAUCCCCUGUCAACUGCACCAUCUGCAGAGAUGUAGUUGAGAUCAAGAAGGUGACGGGCCUGACCCCUGAAGAAUUUGAGAGCAUCUAUGCCUACUCGGCGAGACCGGUCGUCGUGAUGGACGGCGCCAAGAAUUGGACGGCACAGGAGCAUCUCAGCUUUCAGUUUUUCCAAGACGUUUACGGCCCAAAUAGCCCUGUGCUCGAGGGCACCUCUCCUGAUUGUCAGUUCUUCCCAUAUAGAUCCAGUUUUGACAGUCUACAAGAAGUGUUUGAAAUGACACCAGAGCAAGCCAACCUGUCAGAUGGUUCCAAACCUUGGUAUAUUGGGUGGAGUAACUGUGAUUCAGCAGCAGCUAACGUCCUAAGGCAGCAUUACCGCAGACCGUACUUCCUGCCCCCAGAGUCUGAAUCAAGCAAGACCGAUUGGAUCUUCAUGGGUAGCCCGGGGUAUGGAGCCCAUAUGCACAUAGACAAUGUUGAGUUGCCAUCCUGGCAAGCCCAGAUCAAAGGUCACAAAAGAUGGACGCUGGAACCCCCUCCCGAGUGUUACUUGGAAUGUGGCAAGAUCUUAGAGGUCGAAGUUCACCCUGGUGAAAUCAUUGUACUGGACACCAAUAAGUGGUUUCAUCAGACGCAGAUCAUCGGCAGUGAAAUGAGCAUUACUAUCGGCUCCGAGUAUGACUAACUAGCUCAUAUACCACAAAACGGCUCCGAUCGUGACUGGGCCGCUUCUAUGGUGAUUUAUUUGAUAAUCAUUGCAUUCCAAGGUCAACAUUUCAGUUGAACCUAGUUAUUCUGAGGUCAACUGGUUCAUCUGGAUAAACUGUCCAAUUUCCUUAUAAAACCAACUGGGCCCAAUUUCAUAGAACUGCCUAGCAUAAAAAAUUUGCUAAGCAUUAAAUUUUUGCCUUGCUAAAAAAGAGGAUUACCAACCAAAUUUCCACGUGAUUUUCAGGAUAAGCACACAGCUGACUACCAGUAACAAGCAAUAUGC